AUGGCGGACGAUCCUUACGAUCCCUUGAAUCCAGCAUUUGGCCUCGGUCAGCUCAGUCAACAUCGCCAUCGCAAUCGCGACUACAACCAGCCGCCACAAGGCAGUGCUCCUUCUCUCCCACGCGACUUGCCUGUACCUCCUGCAAAUGCCCCGCGCUUCUUCCCAAAGAUGCGCGUAUCGCCAACCGCUCGCCACCCAUCACCACCUGCUACUUCUUCACACCUUUCAAUUGAGCCAUCACACUUCUCAUCUGUGACUGCGACCCGGCCAGCACUCUACAACUUCGAGACCAGCGUUGAGGCCCCACACAGCUCUGCAAGCACCAUUCCCGAUCCAGAGUUGGCCAUGGGCGAGGGUCAACCUCGCAAACGAUUGAGAUUCGCAGAUGAUGAUGAUGAUGCUGCUCCAGCGCUCCGACACUUUCGCAGGUAUUCAGAUAACCCUGUCAUCCUCGAGACAUCGCUAAAGUCGCCUCCUGAGUCCAGCGGACCAGCUGGUGUAGCGCUUACCUCGCCCUCGCCCAAACGCAGCGAGGCUAGCGUCGGCGUCACGCACCCGCAUUCCACGGCGUCCCUUUCUUACGAAGAGCCUAGCAUCGCUGCCACCAACCGUUCAGUCGGAGAGCAGACUAUACCGGCUGAAAAGAGCAAGCAGCUGCCUUCAAGCUCAAGUGCUGGCAAUCCUGCUGAGCCCAGGGCUCUUACUUCUCCACGACUGGCCCCGCCCGAAAGCGGAGGUACGCAGCCAAUUCGCAGAGAAAGCAUGGCAAGCAAUCAAAAUGCGACGUCUAAGGCUGACGGAGGAAAGACGACAAUUGGAGUCAAGCUUGCUCCAACACCAAGUCUACGUGCGUCUCAGCCAAGCUCAAGCGCCUCCGUGCCUCCACGGAGCUUGGGCGAGCAAAGCAAGGCUACGAUCAGGGCGCCACCCCGACUCGAUCUGAAUCGGACAAAAGGCCAAUGUAGCCUCGGCAUCAGUCUAA